AAACAAAGUAGUCGUAACGGACCAGACUGACACCGUAGGAGAAAGGAAAGUAGGGAAAACCGACUCUUCUCAGCAGAAGAUCAUCCAGAGUGAUUUUACUGAUCUAAGUGGUAAAGGUGGUGAUGGGGGCUCCGGCAGUCUGUGUGGUCUUCCUCAGUGGAGUGGUCGUCUCUGUUCUCGGAGAUCCACACUCUCUGUACUACAUUUACUCCGCCCUCUCCAAAGAUGUCGCUCUACCAGGGAUCUAUGAGUUCACAGCACUGGGUCUGCUCGAUGACCGGGAGAUCGACUACUACAACAGUAAGGACCAGGUUAAGGUUCCUAAGCAGGACUGGAUGAGGGAGAAGAUGCAGGCAGAUUACUGGGACAAAGGCACCCAGUCUCGCAAGAGCAAAGAGCAGUGGUUCAAGGUCAACGUGGACAUCCUGAUGCAGCGAAUGAGACACACAAAUGAUACCAACCUUCACGUUCUUCAGUGGAGACAUGGCUGUGAGAUCGAUGAAGCAGAUGGAAGUGUCAGAUUUCUGAGAGGCAUUGAUGAGUACAGCUACGAUGGGUCAGAGUUCCUCUCCUUUGAUGAUGACAACAUGCGGUGGAUCGCUCCAGUUCCAGAAGCUCUGCCAACCAAAAGGAAAUGGGAUGAUGUGCCCAUCCUGAACCAGUACACCAAGGGUUACCUGGAGAAAGAAUGUGUGGACUGGCUCACCAAAUUCAUGGAGUACGGAAAAGAAUCACUGAGAAAACACUCCAAACCAGAUGUUCAUGCAUAUGCAAAGAAAUCUACAACUAACUCAGGCAAGCUGACCCUGACCUGCCUGGCCACGGGCUUCUACCCCAAAGACGUGAAGAUGAGUGUGAGGAAGUUCCGCACUUCACUGCCUGAACAUCUACUAACAUCUUCAGGAGUCAGACCCAAUGAUGAUGGAACCUACCAGCUGAGGAAGAGUGUGGAGAUCCAGGAGGACGAAAAAGCAGAAUAUGACUGUUAUGUGACUCACAGCUCCCUCGACAAACCGAUAAUUAAACAAUGGGUACCAAGUUCAGGUUCAGGAAUGGUUGGAGCAGUGAUUGGCGGAGUGGUGGUGCUUCUGCUGAUUCUCGGUGGGAUCAUCUUCGCCCUUAUAAAGAAGGGGAUAAUUGUCAUUCCAGGUGCUGUAAAUGCUGCGCCUGCCCUGCAAGCCCCGCCAAAUGGUGUGAUUGUUCCUGAAGAACCCUUGACAGCUGACCGUAAAGCUGGUGGUUCUGACUCCGGUUCUGACUCUGGACAGGGAACUGGCUCAACCAAUAGCAGCAAUGAAAACAUUGUGGAUGGAUCAUCUGACUCUGGUGGGGCCAGCAAUGGUGGGUCAGGAAUACCCAAUGGUCAGUCUGAUCAAACAGAGGAGCAGACACUGCUGACUGCUUCACCUUAAACUCAGCAGGACAAAUUAUCGAAACUCCAGAACAGAGGAAGUGAAUUACACUGGAACUCCAGAUCAUUCAGGAUUCCACACCAGACUUUCUUACAGCACAGACUCUUUUCCUUUCUUUUAUUAAGUCAGUACUUUUACAUCACUGUUACGUUAAAGCUGCACUAUGUAAGAUUUGGGUAUUUGGAGACCUCUCUGAUGGAAACGUGUAACUGCACACAACAUGCAAUUUUGUAACAUGGGUCUGCGCGGGACUGUUUUUUCAGUUUCGCUCCCACAAGGUUUCAUCCUGCUCCCCUAGAAAAUCGUAAUCGUUUGUACCGUUCAAGCCCACAACUGAAAUGUGUUUUCCUGCUUCCGCCCAAACAGUUCCAUCAAGGCAAAGUGACAUUCAAUAUCUGACACAGUUUAUUCAGAAAUACAUUCCUCUCUGGUGAAAUAACACGGCAGUCAUGGUCAUCAGGCUCACUGUGAGUAACUUCACCAAACGCCGUUUAUUCACCAUUUAAACACAAAGCAGGAAUUAAACCACAGAGCGGCUAUUUUUGGUGUUUUGCGGGGCAGCUGUGGCCUUCAUAUCAUUUAGGGGUGGUUCUGCUUUAUUCAGGCUGUUCAUUAGUUUGUGGCGCUUCUCUUCAUGCGUGCUUCAUCCCGCUCCCGCCUGCAGUGGGCUGGUUUCCCUCCCGCUUCCACUCACAACACUGAACAUUAGACCCAGAAGGCAUUGUGGCGGGUCCAGCGGGAAUCCGCAGGAUUGCAGACCCCUACUUCAAACCCCUUCCCUGAGGAGAUGAGUCUGAUGACUGAGAGUAAGACGCGUCUUCUGAGGAUGUGAAUCAAUAAUUUACUGUUCUCAUCAUAUCUUCAUCAGUAUAAUGUUGAUUUUGAGAUCAUUUGAGGCGUAAACAUCGAGGCGGACCUUCUUUUUGAGUCUAUGUGGCGUUAAAUGAAGUUAAAAUGUAAAGAUGUACAAUGUGGUGUGAAAAACUCUCGACAGGGCGACUCAGAGUGGCGCACACUCGCCGUAUUUUAGCCUAAUUUUGUUCUCCUCACUUAGUAAUGAUACUUAUUUCAGUUUCAACAAAAACAACCUACAUAGUGCAGCUUUAACAGAAAUCCUCCAUAAUAGAAACUACAUUCCAGUACUCUUAAUGAUAAACAGCAAAAAACUAAGCAAAAACUCAACAAAGAUGGAAACAUUUUGAUUUAUGAAUAGAAAAGGAUUAAUACAUCGUUAUAAUGAAAGAUUAUUCAUUUUAAUAAGUUUAUAAUAAUGCAUUUAUUAAGGCAGAUGGUUAUGUCUAUUUUCUACUGCUAAGUUUUUAGCAUAAGUUCACCAAGCCAAAGAUUUAUACACAGAACAUUAUUGCUUCCAUUCAAGCUUUUUAUGAAUCCCUUAUCAGCACUGAGCAAAACAUGUCAAUUUUAAAAGCUCAUAUUCAUAGGCGGUUAUGCAGACUUCCUUUCUGAUAUAUUUGUGCUUUUAAUUGAUUUAUUUAGCAUCUGUUUUAAUCAUGAGCUGAUUGUAUUCAGAGUACUGCUUUAGUGUUAAACUACUUGUUAUGCAAUGUCACACGUGCACCAGCUUCAUUAAAAAAUGCACUUAAGCAUAAGACAGUUUAAACUUAAGACUGUAAAGGGCUUGUAAAUGUAACUGUACUCAGGAAUGUUAAAUGGUCUGUGUUCAGUAUGGACUCUUUACAGAGACACUGUGUCUGUAUAGUAACAGUCUUGUGUUUAACACCACUGUACAGUGCAGGAAGCUGUUAGCUAGAACUGUUAAAUCAGCAGAUUAAAAUGGUAAACAGUGAAUACAGUCUGCAGAGGAAGACUGUCUCUAUACUGAGUGAGUUUAGUAUUUGAGUCUCUCUCAUCUGGACCUUUUAGAGCAACAGCAGAAAAAAAAGUCUGUUAAAGAUCCAAACUGAACAAAACCAGACAGAACUUACUGGGGACCUUUUAUACAGUUUACUGUGUGUUUAUAUGGAUUGUAUAUGUAUGUAUUUUUAUGAUUACAGAAACUUCUUAACUCUGAAAUCUGAUCUGUUUAGUC